GCAGCUAGCGACCUCAUUAUUGUUCGUGCGCGCGCGGCAUUCGCACCUAGUAUUAAAAUAAGUUCUACGAGUUGUUAAAGUGUUAGGUACGAUGCCUAAGCGUAAAAGGGACGAGGCGGAAGAGGACAAAUGGCGCAGAAGAAUAAAAAAAUACCAGGCAAAGUUAAAAGAAAAACAGAACGUUCACCGUGUUGUUUACUCGGACGAUGAACAUGAUAUAAUUGAAGGUAAGUUCAAGUACUUAAACGUAUAUUACGUGAUUAACCACGGGUUUUUAAUAUUAUUAUGGCAUUUUACAGAUCAUGAAGAAUACGAACGAGACACGUGUUAUGAGCCUGCAGGUUCCGCUGCGCAAUAUGACGAGUACAUUUACGAUGAUGCAAUUGAAGAUAAAUUGGAAACGGAAUCUGCUAUAUUAGCUGCCCCUGCUAGUCACGUGGUCCAAUGUACCGCAGAAGUUCAUGCCGAAGCAGAAAAUUCGGCGCCUAGCAAUACAGACGUGCAAAAGGAUUUAGUUCCUGCCGAAACAAAUACCAAUGACGAGAUCACCGUUGUCACCGAGGAUUUUGAUCCCGAUUUAUUACGAGCCUUAGGCGAGUUUGAGCCAGACACUGUUGAGUGGGGCGACAACAUUCACGAAGAUAUUGCUAAACAUUUUCAGCACAUCCUUUUGAAUGGGCUAAAAAAAGAAGCAAAGGAAGAAUUACAUAAAAAAUACUUAUUUCCAAAAAACGUACCUUUUUCAAAAGCCCCAACUCUGAAUCCGGAAAUAGCCGCCAUGCUGACCGAGGCAUCUAGAAAUAGAGAUAAUAGGAUUCUUGCCAAACAACAGCAGAUUGGAAAAGCCCUUUCAGGUCUAGGCAAGGCUAUGAACUCCCUUUUGAAAAAGGAGCCUAAUAUAGCUGAAGCUAUACGUACGCUAAGCGACGUCGGAAAAUUAGUUGCCGACGCUCACUUCGCCGAAACUGAAACUCGUCGGUCUGUCGUAAUUCCACUGGUUGACAAAUCGCUCAUUGACCCUUUCAAAGAUAGGAAAAGGGAUAGCUUUUUAUUUGGCGAAAAGCUUGGCGAUUUAGUUAAAAGCUCCCGCGGCAUCAAGAAAACUGGGCAGUUGAUUCAAGCAGCACCCACAGCAUCUGCUUCAAGUUCCGGUUUAAACUGGAGGCCCCCACCGUCACGCCCACGCCUACAGCGAGGCGGCCAGCUGCCGUAUCCCGGCCGCGGCGGUGGGCUCCGAGGAUACUCGUACUACCAGCCCAGGCGCCGAGCGCCCCCAGCCCACAACACGGCAUUCCGGCGACAGACGCAGCAUCCGCCGCCGGCGCCUCCGCCACCGAGGCGACAAGCGGCGCAGGCAGCGCGCCCGUCAGCCAACCAGCCACAAACAUAG